CUUUCCCGGGAGUAGUUGGUUGCAUCGACGGGACUCAUGUUCGCAUAAUUUCACCAAGAAAAGAAGUGCAACAUCUUUAUCUUAACAGAAAGGGCUACUACAGUUUAAACGUGAUGAUUCUUUGUGAUUAUAAAAUGUCUAUUCGGUAUGUGGAUGCUAGGCAUGCAGGCGCAAAUCAUGACUCUUUUGUUUUCAAUGUUAGCGAUUUGAAAGUGCAUUUACAGAACAACAUACAGAAUAACACUUGGAUCUUGGGCGACGCUGGCUAUCCUCUGCACAAAUUUUUAAUGACGCCUUAUCGCUUGGCGGAAGCUUCUUCACCCAAAGCACGCUACAAUCAGUACACUCAAAGGCCCGGAAUAUUUAAGAGCGGACAACUGGUGUACUCAAGAUUGGAAUCUCCGGAAGAAAUACCAUCUACUUCAAAUACUACAAUGACCAAUGAUGUUUUGGACAUAGAAAGAGAAGAAGAGGAUACGGCUCGAAUAAUUCGCUAUAAUAUUAUGACUUCCCUCUAA